AAAGAAUACAUGUUCAUUCUGUUAUACGAUAGUUCCAUAUUCUUUUUUUCAGCCAUAUUGAAUAAUUCUGUUCUCAAUUUUCUCUCCAAUCAAAUUACCGGUGAAUUUAUUCACCGGUGAAUAUGGUGAAUAAAUUCACCGAUGCGAAUUUUGACGGCUUCCCUUAGUCAAUGAGAGAGAUCUAAUUUUCUACUCAUCUUGUUUUCCUCUUUUUACUUUAUAGAUCACCAUUUCAUAAUGCACCACACUUGGUCGACGCAACAAUUAGUAAACUGAUUGCUAAUGGAAUACUUGCUAAAGGUUAUUUUUUAUUGGAUGCACGUUGCCGUGGACGUCAGUCAUUCAUGAAGCUACCAGUUCCAUCGGAUCCAAAACUACGUAGUACUGAUGUGGCAAGUUCAGUUAACGAAAUGAAUCAACCAAUUGAAGUAGAUCCAGCGUCACGAUAUGUGUACGAACAUAUGGAGAAUGGUCAUCGUAAAGCCAAUCGUUUUGUUUGUAAACAGAAAGAUGUUUGUGAUAUGUCCAUUCCUGAAAUGGGUGUUGUCGUCAUUAGAUGUCUUGAAACUCCAAAUCGUUUUACAGGCAAGAAAGAGAAUAGUAUUUUGUUUCGCCGCAGUUCUUAUUUCAAUAUGUUAUUCAUUUUCUAUUUAUUAUCCUUCGUCUAUGUUUUAAUAGGUGCUAGAACAUUAUGCGAAUAUCAUCAACCGCAAAUGAGAACCACAAGUGCUCAACACUGUUCGGUGAUUGUUAGAUUUGAUGAAUGUCCACGUAGUGAAGGCAUGCGAAGAGUUGUACGACAUUUAUUGAGAAUGUUAGAAUAUGGCGAUUUACCACCAGCAAUGUUAUAUGAUUGCGCCUGCAUGCUCAAAUUAUUUAUCGACAAGUGGUACAAGACAAACCAUUUAAAGAAAUCAAGUCGAACCAACUUUCUGCAUACAAUGCAUUUAGCUAUUGAUCGUUUCCAUCAGCCAAAUCAUUUGCGCCAGAUGUGUCAGAAAGGAAUGCCUGUUGAUCAUAAUUCACACAAAGGAAUUUAUGAUCAAGUCGAUUCACAAGUAGCAGAGUGGAUGUUUUCUUAUUUCAAAAAUUUCAAGCGUGCUUUUCGAGUGUACAGUUAUCCAAAAUCAUUUACAUUUUUCUUAAUAUUAUUUCAUUUGGAAAACUGCAGUAUAACAAAAAUACAAGCAGAUCAACAAUUAAUCGGAUUACAAGUCAUACCGACAGAUGUAGUAACAAAUAUAAAUCAAGCAUUUAAGCAUGCUUUCUUUUCAAGUCCACUUACAGGUGAAUGGUCGACAAAAACAGGCACAACUCAUGCCAUUUCAACAACAACAUUAUCAACAGUGAGCGAUAAGGAAGAAAAAUCUACAACGCCAAAAGAAGCUACAGAAAUACACAUUGUUAAUGCUAAGCAAACGACGCCAUUAGACGAUGUACUCGACUGUUAUGAUAAAAAUGGAACGAAUAAUGAUGACAAUGAACAAGAACAGCAAGUACCAGAUCAACCCCAAGUACAACAAACAAACAGAAAUGAAGUAUUUUGGCCACUAUUCACUGACACAAUCAAUCCAGAAGCACAUGAAUGUUUGACAAUAGACGGAUUCAAGAAACAUUACACGAGGUUUCUGUUAGAGUUGAGAGAAGGACAUCUUUUGCCUCAAAAUAUUAUCCGAUCCAUCACAUCACAAAUUGUUAUUUUAAUUGAAAUUAUUCAUAGGAUAAUUCAAAAGAAAACGAAAUCACACCAGCUACUGACAGCUUCUGUAACAACUGCAAAUAACAGUUAUAUAUUAUCAAGCGAUCUAAAUGAAACUAUUUCACGUAUUACUGCUAUAAUAUCUUUAACAUCAAAAAAUGAACAUCAGUUCUUAAAAUUGUGUACAGAAUACUUUGGGUUUCAAGUACCAGUUCAGAUUAAAUUGAAUAAACAAAACAAGUAUGGAUAUUACAUACCCAUUCAGAAAAUAAUUACAGAAAUGCUAUCGAAAGCCGAUGUUGUUGAAUCAUUGAUCAAUAAUUUAAAUGCAACAGCAAAGUGUUCUACAGCAGAUCCAGAUUUGAUGUUUUCAUAUCGGGAUGGUUAUUUGUGGCCAAAAAUAACCCAUCUUUACAACGACACAGUAAUUCCCUCAUACAAACAAAGCGCAAAUAAAUUUUUUGAACCAAUUGUGAAUGAUUUAAAUGAAUUACAGACGACCGGUAUUCGAAUUGAGUCAUUCAGUGGUAUCCUACAUUUUGCAUUUACAACAUUAUCGGCUGACAACCUUGCUUCGAACGAAAUAGGUGGAUUCCAGAAAAAUUUUAAUGCUGGUAAUUUUUGUCGAAUGUGCCAUAUUUCGUACGAACAUCGAUUAUAUCCAUUGAAUACGAUAUCAUUUUUACCAAGAACAAGGUUAACACACGAUAAUUAUGUCAAGAAAGUAUUAGAAGCCAAUAAUGGGAGUGUUAUUCAGGGCGUUCGCAGUAGAAGUAUACUUUCAAAAUUAAUUGGUUAUCAUCCUAUAGUGUCAUUACCUAACGAUAUAAUGCAUGAUUAUUCAGAAGGUGUAUGUCCAAUUAUAAUCAUGGCUGUAUUCAAAGAAGCAUCAGAGAGACGUUUAUUAACUUACGGUCAAAUUGAAGAACGAUUAUCAAUAUUUCAAUAUGGUGACAGCGAUUCGUCCAAUAGACCUCCAGUAGUUAGAAAAAAGCACUUGGCCAAGGGAAAAAUAUCUGACAGUGCUUCUCAGAAACUGUGCCUAUUUAAAUUGUUACCAAUUAUAUUUGACGUUAUUGAACAAUUAACCACGUUAGAAUUGUAUACGUGUUUACGUGAAAUCGUCGAAUAUGUUUUUGCACGACCGUUCAGAAAAACGUGGCUACCAAGAUUACAACAGUUAACAGUGCGUUUUCAUUCUUUAAUGGUGCACCAUACACCGGAACGUGUAGUUCCAAAAGUACAUUUUGUGACAGAUUAUUCACCACUGAUACUGAUGAAUGGACCGGCCACUCGUUAUUGGUGCAUGCGAUACGAGGCGAAGCGCCUAUAUUUUAAACAACUCGCUUUAAGGUCAUUCAAUUUCAAAAAUAUACCAUUUACAUUAGCAAAAAGGCAUCAGCUACGUCAAUGUCUUCUAUUUUCAUUAGAUAAGUAUUACAAUGUAAUAGAUGAAAUUUAUUGUUCGAAAAUAGUAGAACCAAAUCAGUUGACACGCUUCGUUAAAAAUUUAUUGUUUGCAAAUAUUCAAGGUUUUAAUGAAACAACAACAUUAAUGGAAUACGAAACACUGAUAUAUAAACAUGUGAGAUUUUCUAAAGGAUCUGUUUUUGUCUCAAAAUUUGAACAUACUGAAGAAAUACCGUAUUUUGUUUUACCAUCAAAUAUUUUCAAAAUUGAAAACCGUUACAUAAUAAUCGUCAAAGAACUUCAAACAGUACAGUUCGAAGAAUCUUUAUGGUGUUAUGAAAUUGAACGUUUACAAAUACACAAAAUGAUGGUUCCUGAUGAUUUAAUAAAAAUACAUCCAAACGGACUUGAUAUUUACGAUGUUAACAAUCUGUCUUAUGUUAAUAUUUUAUCUCAACAAGAUGUGGAUGGGGAAACAUUACGGUUAUUACAGCAAACUGAAAUAGAGAAAAUCUUUCCAAAAUUAAAACAACGUGUUAAAUUUGUUUCUGAACGUGACUUAUUAUUUAGUGAAACAAAACAAUCGCACAUUAAUCUUUUAGUUCCUGUCCUCAAUGAAUCUAAUGAAACUGCACUUAGCAAACCACUAAAGAAAGAUGAAAUGAAGCAGACAUCAGGUUUGAUAGUAAUUGAACAUAAUCUUCAUGAUGAUAUAUUAAGUUAUGAUGUUUACGAUGAAACAAUAGAGACAGCACAGCAUAUUCAACAUACUACUAAUACAGACCAAGAAAAUAUAGAAUCUGAAAAUAUUGCACCAAAACCGAGACUGUUACCAGAUUACACGUUACCGUUGUUCACGUCUAAAGUACAACAAGCUAUUGCUUAUAAACAAUAUGAAAACUUUGCUGGGCACACAAAUCACAGACGGUUAUUGCUUGAUUCUGUGUAUGAAGGUGCAGUAUCAAAAUAUUGUCUCUAUUACUCGUCGGGAAAUGAUUAUACCAUUAUGACGCAAGCUAUACUGCGUACGCUGAAUACUCCAUUGACAGAUAUGUUCGCUAUGUUAUAUAUCAGCGAAAUGAAUGAUUGCAAUAAUGAUGAAGAUGGAAUGGAGAAAGUAAUACAAACAAUAAAAGAUGAAUUAAAAGAAAAAGAUUGGGAUUCAGAAUUAGUUAUACGUUUAUGGAGAAAAUCAUUUCAACACAGGCGAUUGUAUGUUCGAGAUCAUCCGAUUGCAGAAGUGUUGGAAAAAUAUCCAGGUUUUGGAAUACCGGAUUUAAUUUUUGAAGAAGUGAAAAUGACGGAUGGGAUUGAUCUUGCAGCUAAUGCCUUACGGUUUUUGCCAAAUUUUCUUAAGAAAGUACCAAAUGAAGGUUUUGUGAAUGAUCUGUGGACAGUUCGUUUAGUUAAAUUAUUAUCAAAAUAUUACAAGGAAACGUGGCAACAUAUAUUAUCUGAAAAAGAGCCAAUAUCACCCAAACCAUUUAUCCGCUUAACUGAAGAGUCAUUUAACCUAUAUUUGGAUUGGCGAUUGAUAUGUACAACAGGAUCUCAUGAAGAAGCCUUAGCACUGAUAUUUGCUAUUUAUAAUAUAUUCGAAAUUCAAAUUACCGGUGUUCAUAAUCGUGUGAUUCACUUAAUGUAUGGAAUACUGUUUCAAGACCAAGGUAUAUUAACAAAACAUUUACGGUCACAAUUAAAAAUUUGGAACUAUAUGAUAGAACCAAAGAAAACUAAAGAUGAUGGUCAUCCAACAGGAAUAAACAAAAGAAAAAGAACGUUAUCAAGCGGGUUCGAAGAUGAAGAAGCGGAAAUACAACAAACAAUAACAGGAGUUGAAACACCGUCGCAACUUCAGUCAUCACAAAAUGCGCUAACAUCGGAAGAAGAAACGAACAGUGACAGCGAUCAUAAAGAUUUGAAUGAAGCGUUGACAAUACUCUUCUUCUACAAAAUAAGUGUUGGAAUAAAUGGUGCAACAGUAGAUCAAAAUGCCACACAAGCAAGUCUUGUAACAGACACAUAUUUACAACGUGAUGCCUAUUUUACUGCUGAAGAUUAUCUAAUUUAUUUUGAUCCUGCAGCAACAGAUAAACCUGGUCAACAUAUUAAUCAGCAACAUGGUAGCGUAACAUUAUUUCAAGUGCCAUUUGUUCCCGGCCUCCUAGGUAUAGAACUCGGUGCCAUAAGACUUCAACUGAAAAAAUGUGCAAUUAGACAACCACUUACCUUUCGUAGUGAUGUAAUCACCUAUGUCUUAGAAGGUCAUGUACGACUUGGUAAGUAAGAGUGGCUGUGUGAAUAUUAGAGUGAGAGAUCUAACAAGUUUUUUCUUUAUUUUCUUUUGAAAAGGUUUCGUC